CCGUGGGGGAAGGGAGGGGAGGGGAGAAGGGACGAGGAGAGGGGAGGGGAAGGCCGGACCAGCCGGCAGCUGCUUGCGAAGCCGGAGCCCGUUUCCUCCUCGUCCUCACCCGGCUGCAAGCAGCCGAGAGCCCCUCCCCACCCCCGGGGCUGUGCCUCAGUUUCCCCCUCCGAGAGGCUCUGGAGGUACAGACUGUAUGGAGGAAGCCGUUUGCUGCCACCGCGGCCCUCUCCGUCCCCUCCCCUGACGUCACCGCAGCAGGGUGACACCGUGGCUCGCUGGGUGCAGCGCCCGGGGGAGGCUCCGCCAGCCGCUGCUGCAAAGGACCCCGAUUUUGGUAGCACCAUCACCCAACGGCACCCCUGGCUGGGAAACCUCGUGCCGAGACACCAGGCUGCUGGGUGAAGCAGGAUGAGUGUGCCGGCCGAUGAGCCGGGCAACCCGGCCCAUGCCAUCUUCGAGAGAUUCCUGCGUGCCGGAGAGUGCCGGGAGGUGCUGGGCUGCUUCGGGGAGCUGUGCCAGCAGCUGGGGCUGCAGGGCAGCGGGCUGCAGCUCUACCAUGGCCUCAAGGCUGCCCUCAACUACUGGAGUGCCAAGGCCCUGUGGAGCAAGCUGGAUAAGAAAGCCGGGCACAAGGACUACGACCAGGGCACAGCCUGUGCCAGCACCAAGUGCCUGGUGGUGGGGGCCGGCCCCUGCGGGCUGCGGGUGGCCAUCGAACUGGCGCUGCUGGGUGCCCGCGUGGUGCUGCUGGAGAAGCGGGACUCCUUCUCCCGCAACAACGUCCUGCACCUCUGGCCCUUCACCAUCCACGACCUGCGGGCGCUGGGUGCCAAGAAGUUUUAUGGGCGCUUCUGCACCGGCACGCUGGACCACAUCAGUAUCCGGCAGCUCCAGCUGAUCCUGCUGAAGGUGGCUCUGCUCCUGGGGGUGGAGGUGCACAUCAACGUGCAGUUCAAGGGCCUUGUCCCCCCCAUGGGCAAGGUGGGCAGACAGGGCGGCUGGCGUGCUGUGCUGCAGCCCGGCUCCUCUCCCCUCAGCCACUAUGAGUUCGACGUCCUCAUCUCAGCUGGUGGCGGCAAAUUUGUCCCCGAAGGAUUCAAGCGGAAGGAGACGCGGGGGAAGCUGGCCAUCGGCAUCACCACCAACUUCAUCAACCGCCACAGCCGGGCUGAGGUGGAGGUGGCCGAGAUCAGCGGCGUGGCUCGAAUCUACAACCAGAAGUUCUUCCAAAACCUCUACAACAAAACGGGCAUCGACCUGGAAAACAUCGUCUACUACAAGGACGACACUCACUAUUUCGUCAUGACGGCCAAGAAGCAGAGCCUGCUCAAGAAGGGGGUCAUCCUCCAGGACAAAGCAGACAUCGAGAGCCUCCUGUCCCCGGAGAACGUGAACCGGGACGCCCUCCUCAGCUAUGCCAAAGAAGCUGCCAACUUCUCCACCAACUACCGCCUGCCCGAACUGGAGUUUGCCCUCAACCACCGGGACCUGCCGGAUGUCGACAUGUUCGACUUCACCUGCAUGACACGUUCAGAGAACGCGGCGCUGGUGCGGGAGCACAACGGGGCCCGUCUGCUCCUCGGGCUGGUGGGCGACUGCCUGGUGGAGCCCUUCUGGCCGCUGGGCACCGGCGUGGCCAGGGGCUUCCUCGCCGCCUUCGACGCGGCGUGGAUGGUGCGGCGGUGGGCGGCCGGGACACCUCCGCUGGAGGUGCUGGCCGAGAGGGAGAGCAUCUACCAGCACCUCUCGCAGACCUCCCCGGACAACACCAACAAGAACAUCAGCCAGUACAGCAUCGACCCAGCCACGCGCUACCCCAACAUCAACCUGCAGGCCAUCAAAGCCAGCCAGGUCCGGGACCUCUACCUCGUGGGCAUGGUGGAGGUGGACCACAAGAGGAAGAGUGACAACCGGCUCAGCACCGCGGUCUCUGGAGACGCCUACGAAGAAUUGCUGAGCUGGUGCCAGGCCAGCACGGCCGGGUACCACGGCGUGGCAGUGACCGACUUCACCACCUCCUGGACCAGCGGCUUGGCCCUCUGCGCCCUCAUCCAUCGCUUCCGCCCCGACCUGGUGGACUUUGACUCCAUGGACGCCCAGGAUCCCAUCCGGACCCACCAGAUGAUGCUGGACAUGGCAGAGCAGGAGCUGGGCAUCCAGCCCGUCCUCUCCAGCGCCGAGAUGGCCACCAUGGCAGAGCCCGACCGCCUGGGGCUCAUCACCUACCUCAGCCAGUUUUAUGAAGCUUUCAAGACCUCUCCAGAGGUGGAGGAGGUCAGCAAGAAGCCACUGUCUCCCCGCGGCACACGAGGGGCCAUCCUCUUCCUCAGCAAGCUGCAGAAGAGCUGGAACCUGACACACAAGCGUGCCCAGGACGGUACCCAGAAGGAUGCCGAGGCCAAGAGGAGCCGCAGGGACACCGAGCUGGACACAGGGCUGGAUGGAGACAUUCUGGACAGUCCCCGCGAGCCACCACAAACUGCCACGACGGACCCAGGGCAGCCGCCGGCCCGCGGGGAGAGCAGCGACGCUUGCUACUUCUGCGGCCGCCGUGUCUACAUCCUGGAGCGAGCCAGUGCCGAGGGACGCUUCUUCCAUCGCGGCUGCUUCCAGUGUCGGCGGUGCGGGGCCACCCUGCGCCUGGGCGACUACGCCUUCAACGAGGAGGACGGUCACUUUUACUGCUCGCUUCACUACCCCAAUCCACCCGGCAUGGACCUACCCCAGGAUGAGCCCCUGGCCCUGCCCGAUGGGGAUGCUGCCGCUGCCCGCCUGCCCUCGGAUGCUGGGAGCCCAUGUGUGUCCCCCAAGGAGGGGGUACCCGGUCCCCCACAGCCCCCACCAGCAGCCCCACAGCCAGGGGGAGAGCCUGGGGCAGCAGAGGAUGCGGAGGAUGCUGGUGACGUGGAGAAGCAGGAGCUGCCGGCACAGCCCGGGGGGGAUGCGAGGGAGGAGGAAGGUCCCAGAGCGGAGCCCCAAGGGGCAGCAGAGGAGGGUGAGGAGACCGGGGGCAGGAGGAAGAUCGUCCUCACACCACUAGAGAAGCUCAAGCUGUCCACGCUGAACCUCACCAGUGAAGCAGAGCCCGAGCCGCCGCCGAAGCCGGCUCGUCUGCGGCUCCAAGCAGCACCCGAGGCCCUCCCUGCCCUGUGGCAGGGACAAGGCACCUGGGAGAAGGAGGAGGAAAUGGCUGUGGAGGAAGCUUUGGAGGAGAGUGACAGCGAGGAAGAGGAAGAGGAGAAGGAGGAGGAGGAGGAAGGCACAGACCUUGGCAUCACGGCAGAUUUGUGCCUGGACCUGGGCGAAGAGGAGAAAUACUCCACCUGGAAGCGCACGCUGACCCGCCGGGCCAGGGAAGCCCAGAUGAAGCGGUUCUGCAAAGCCCAGGCCAUCCAGAGGCGGCUGGAGGAGAUCGAGGUGACAUUCCGGGAGCUGGAGCAGCAGGGCAUCAAGCUGGAGAAGUUACUCCGGGAUGAGGGUGGCACCCCAGCCGACCAGAAGACGCAGUGGAUGAACCAGCUGCUGUACCUGGUCCAGAAGAAGAACAGCCUGAUGUCCGAGGAGUCAGACCUCAUGAUUGCGGUGCAGGAGCUGAAGCUGGAGGAGCAGCAGUGGCAGCUCGACCAGAAGCUCCGGUGCUACAUGAACAGGGAGGAAUCCCUGAAGACGCCCGAGGAGCGUGUGGCCGAGCAGGAGAUCCUGGUGCAGCUGCUGGAAGUGGUGAACAAGCGCAACGUCCUCAUCCACAUCCAGGAGGAGAAGCGGCUCAGCGAGCUGCGGGCCUGAUCCCUGUGGCCCCAGGACCCACCGGCUCCUCCCCAGGGGGGGACUGAGCGGUGUGUGUCCCCCGGCUGAGCAUCACCCUGAGCUGCCUCUGAAGGUGGUGAUGCCUGAGCUGCCCGCAGGCAGAGGCAGCUGUCGUGGCGAAUCCAGCUCCCUGCUUGCCAAAGCCUGCCGUGGAGGGGCCAGACCUGCUGGUGGACGCCUGUGUAGGGAGACACCGAGGAGCACCCUGGCUUUUGGGGUGCCGAGAGGGCGUCCCCGCGCUUGGCUGGAUUGCCUUUGCCUUGUGCUUGCUUGAAAAUGAGAUUUGCAGGAGGCUACAAAACACGGGGGCUGCAGCGGCUCUGCCUGGGGUUUGCUACAGGAGAAGCCCCACAGGGAAGCGGGGUCUCAUCCAGCACAGGAGGUCCCACAGCCGUCACCCUUCGAGGGACCACUUCCCAGAGGCUUGGCUGGAGCAUCGAAAAUGUUUUGUCUGGCAGAGCCCCUCAUGCUUGAGCUGCACCACUGGCUACUGAAGAGGUCGGUCCAUCGCUACCCAGCCAGCCCCAUGCCCCGGGCACCAAAGGGCUUCGCUCCCGGCAGCGAGGAUGAGACUGCGGCCACCACAGGCAGUUCACAGUGGAGAUGCCAAAUGUGGAGGGGCAGCAUCAGGACCAGUCCAUAGAAGCCACCCUGGGACAUCCAUCCUAACCCAGGACAUCCAUCCUAGCCUGGGACAUCCAUCCCACCGGGGACAUCCAUCCUAACUCAGGACAUCCACCUCAGCCUGGGACAUCUAGCUCUACGAGUGGGGCCAGUGACAGACAGACUGGGCUGAUCCUGCCACUCUGCAUCACUGCUUUUGGGUGCCACAUCCACGCUCUCCCCAGCUGCUGCAGGAAACCAUGAUCAGAAACCCCCCGCAAGACCCCAGGCCCAGGGAAGGGGCUUUUUGUCCAGCAGCUCCCCGAGGGGACUGUGCCCAGGGCUGGCACUGUGUGACACUGAGGACAAGGGAUGCCGGCGUCCGUGUCCUCCUUGCCCCUUUGGGGUUUCUCCUGCUUAGCAAUGCUGAACUGGCCUUUGCACAGACCUCUCCAACCUUUCUCGGGUCCCUGGUUGUUGCAGGGUUGCCUCGAUGGCCAAAUGGUGCUUACAGCAGCCCCAGCCAUGUUGGGCACGGGGGGGUCCCAGGCGCGGGCUCCUCUGUUGGCAAUAUCUCCCCCACAUUCAGCCCUCGUCUUGCCUUCAGUGCCUCCCCAAACCCUCCCAUCUGCCUUUUGUUUGCACCAGCCCUCUUAUCCUGCUGCAACCCCCCCCUCCCUUCGAAUAAAGCCUCCCCGACCUGGC